GCAUCCUAGUACCACGUUUUCUGAGACACUUCUCAACUGCUUAGACUUUUUGAGCAUACUGCAGAGGAACCUCCAGUGGCAGCACCAUGAACCCAAGUACUCCUCUUAUUUUCUGCCUUAUCUUUCUGACUCUAAGUGGAACUCAAGGAGUACCUCUCUCUAGAACAAUGCGCUGUACCUGCAUCAUGAUUAGUGAUCGACCUGUUAAUCCAAGGUCCUUAGAAAAACUUGAAAUGAUUCCUGCAAGUCAAUCUUGUCCACAUGUUGAAAUCAUUGCCACAAUGAAAAAGAAAGGGGAGAAAAGAUGUCUGAACCCAGAGUCUAAGACCAUCAAGAAUUUAGUGAAAGCAAUUAGCAAGGAAAGGUCUAAAAGAUCUCAAACACAGAGAGAAGCGUAAUCACUGCACUACUGAUUAGGACGGACCAGAGAGAGGCUACCUCUGCCAUCAUUUCCCUACAUGCAGUAUACGUCAAGCCCUCAUUGUCCCCGGAUUGAAGUUCUCAAAGGUGACCAAGCACAGUCACCAAAUCGGCUGCUACUCCUCCUGCAGGAAGUGUAUGGCUCCUCCUCCUGAGCCGUCCCUGUAACUGUGCCACGGCACCAUGCAAUUAGCUAUGCCCAGGGGCUAUGGUCUGCGGGCAUGUGCCAAGUCCUCGCCCUGCUCACCUCUCCUAUUAAGAGAUCUUUCCACCUCUGGGCUUAGCAGAGUUGUUAGAAUCUCAAAUAACUAAAAGGCAUGCAAUCAAAACAACAAUACAAUCUGCUUUUUUAAGAAAGGUAUUUUACUCUGUGGGCCUCUACUUCCAUCUUCCCAAGGGGCCCAUAUUUUUCCAGUGGUUGUAUGUACAUAACUCCAAAUACAUUUUAAAACGCUAGAAAUGUCAGAAAAUGUAUGUGAAAACAGUACUAUUUAAUGAAAAAUUUAUACAAAGUAGGAUUCUUAAAUGUAUAUAUUUCUUAUUUUGUUGUCAGUGUUUUACAAUAAUGUGUGUAAUUAAGUGCUGCAUGCAAAUGGGCAGUAAGAGAAAAUUUUAAAUUUACAUAUAUGUUUUACAUGUUACAUAAGAUAAAUAUGCUGAAUGUUUUUCAAAAUAAAAAUAAUGUGCUCUCUUGACAAUAUUAAGAAAGAUUAUUUAAAUGUUUAGAGACCAAAAAGUAAUAAAAUAAUUAUAACUAA